CUCCCGCACCGUGCGGCGUGCGCUCCGAGCAGCCCAGGGACCCGCGGGCCUGCCGUCGCCAAAGCCAACAUGAAAAUCCUCGUGGCCCUGGCAGUCCUGGCUCUCGCCUCCACCCGACUGUCUGCGGAAGACAUCCGAGCCAACGAUGAUCUAAAUUAUUGGUCCGACUGGUCCGACAGCGACCAGAUCAAGGAGGAGCUGCCGGAGCCCUUUGAGCACCUGCUGCAGAGAAUCGCCCGGAGACCCAAGCCUCAGCAGUUCUUUGGAUUAAUGGGCAAACGGGAUGCUGAUUCCUCAAUUGAAAAACAAGUGGCCCUGUUAAAGGCUCUUUAUGGACACGGCCAGAUUUCUCACAAAAGGCAUAAAACAGAUUCCUUUGUUGGACUAAUGGGCAAAAGAGCUUUAAAUUCUGUGGCUUAUGAACGGAGCGCCAUGCAGAAUUACGAGAGAAGACGUAAAUAA